ACAAGUGACGAUCGACAGAAAUGGCUGGUGCUUUGAUAAACAUUUCCAAUUUAAAUUCAUUCAAAUUCUCAUACGAAUCGUAUUAUUUUGGAGUUUAUUACUAGCUGUGCAUGAAACUCGCAAUCAUGGCUAACUAGGAAUCAAGAAAUCGCGUGUUUCUCCGGCCGAGGUGUUAUUGUUAAUUUCGACCGAGCAGAACAACAGGACAGCGAUUUCGUGAGAAGUUUUAUAGCAAGUUGAAAAUGUCGAAAGCCACGAAAAGAAAGCAUGUCACUCGUGAGGUUCUGGACGAAUUUGUAACGCCAAAAGAAAAACAAAUCAUCGUCAAGAUAAUUGGGAGCAGAGGAAAUAAUCUGCAUGAAGCCGAAACACCAAAUGGCAAUCAUUUCCUGAUAAGCAUGCCUUCAAAAUUCAGAAAAAAUGUAUGGAUCAAACGAGGAGACUUUGUGAUUGUUGAUCCAAUUGAAGAAGGUAAUAAAGUGUGUGCAGAAAUAGUGCAUAUAUUGUAUCCCCAACAAGUGAAACACCUCAAAAAGGAAGGAUUAUGGCCUGAGAAGUUUCAAGAGAAAGCAUUUGAGCCAAUUAACCAUCAUGAACCAACAGCAAAUGGCAGUAGAAUAAAGGAUGGAUUGGAUGAAAGAGAAAAUGGUGAAAAUUCAAGUUCAGACAAUGAAAGCGAAACAGAUGACAGUGAUUUAUUUGUAAACCCAAAUCAUCUUCAAUAUUUGGUGAUCCAUUCUGAUGACUCAGAUUCCUGCGAUGAGUUUAACAAUGAGGAGAGCGAUGAUGAUGACAGUGAUGCUGAUUCCCCAGAAAUAACAAGCAAUGAAGAUGUUGCAAUUAAUAAAACAAUGAUUGACAAUAAUAACACAAAUUAGAAUAUUUGCCAGUCAAUAGAAUUAUCAGAAUAUUGCAAAAAUGGGAAUCAUAUCAUUUUGGAUAUUGACAAAAAGAUUGUAAUAUUGCAUUGCAAUAGAAAUAUAUGCAAACCCA